AUGAGUAAAAUGUGGGAGGUGGAUCCGGAGACGCGCAGCAAGCUGCUGGAGAUACAAAAGACCAACGACAACAACAAGUGCGUCGACUGCAAUGCGCCGAGUCCGCAAUGGGCUUCGCCCAAACUUGGUAUCUUCAUGUGUCUCUCCUGUUCUGGUGUACACCGUGGUCUUGGUGUCCACAUCUCUUUCAUCCGCAGCAUCACCAUGGAUGCCUUCAAGGGCUCAGAACUCGUGCGCAUGGCCGCCGGCGGCAACAAGCCAUUCCAAGACUUCUUCAAUACGCACCCAUCGAAUACGAAAGACGGACGGACAUUCGAGGCCUCUUCCAUAUCAGAGCGAUACGAUUCAGAGGCGGGCGACGAGUGGAAAGAGAGGCUCAGCUGUAAAGUUGAGGAUAGGGAGUUCGACAAGAGCAAUUUGCCCAAGCGGUUACCCAAGAAGGACAAUGCAUCUGCAGCGGGUACGGGAGCGCCAUUGAGCGGACGAGCCAGUGCGGCAGGCAGUAGAAGCCAAACACCUCUGGGAAAGACACGAAGCAACGACCCAGGUUUCCAACGGUCUGGCUCGCCUGCGCUCGGCACCAAUGCCAUGUCGUCACAGAAAGUCAAGAACGAAGCCUACUUCGCCAAGAUGGGACAGGAGAACGCCAACAGACCAGAUGGCGUUGCGCCAAACCAGGGAGGCAAAUACGGUGGCUUUGGUAGCGAGCCAGAUUCCUGGAAGAAGGACGACGAGCCGGGUGCGCCACCUGCACUUGACGACUUCCAGAAAGACCCUCUUGCCGCACUUACCAAGGGCUUCGGAUGGUUAGGCGCAAGCGUGAGCAAGGUGGGCAAAACGGGUUAUGAAGGCUACGUGAAGCCCGGUAUGGCAAAGCUCGCCGAGGCAGACCUCGCAUCUCAGGCUCGCACAACUGCUGGCACCCUAGGCCAGACCCUUCAAUCAGGCGUCGCAAACGCAAACACGCAGUUCACGCGAUUCGUCGAAGGCGAUUCCUCAACACAUUCCCCUGCUACGUCUGGCCGACGCGAACCCGAGCGCAAAGACUUCUGGGAGAGCUUCGGUGCGGCCCCCAAGGGCCCGGCGAAGGAUAAGCAGGACUUCUGGGAUGAGUUUGCUAGCGCGGGUGAAACGAAGACAGGCGGAGGAAUGGCACCGAAGAAGCCCAGCGGCAUCGGUACAAGCGCAAUGAAGAAGGGCGGUGCUGGAGGUGGGAUGGGUGGAGGUGCGAAGAAGGAUGAUGAGUGGGGGGAGUGGUAG